ACCAACCAACCGAAAUGCCGAUCAAAACACUGAUAGAGGGCGGUGUAUGUGAGAAACAAUGGCGGAGGUUGAACUCGACAAACCCGAAGCAGGUAUUCAACCUACAGAUGAAGAAGCUUCCUUAGUCGGACAAAAUGGUGUGGAGAAAGGUGGUGGAGGAAGCGUAAUUGCACGAUCAACCUUUGUAUUUGGCGAAAAUAUGGAAAGCCGGGUGUUAAAGCGUCCGGCUGAAGAACAGCUCGAUAGGCAAAAAGCAGUAGAAGAAGAUGUGAAGCCGGAUGAUGUUCCCGGGGAAUUCCCUAAAGCCUCUCCCAGUGUUCUUUCCCAGAGGCCUCUAGUAGUGUCUGCAAGGAAAGAUACCAAUAUGGAUUUUAUAGCUGACAAUGAAGACUCCAAUUCGAAUCCAUUCUCAGCUGUUCAGACAAAGUCAUUCAUAAAGCCGUCGGCUUUUCCAAGCUCAAGGCCUUUCAGUUGUGUUAUAGCACCAAACACUGCUGCUACCAAUCCAUUUAAGCUGAAACCAGCAACAUUACCACCGCCUUCCAGUCAAGUUAAUGGACAAGUAUCAAGUGGCUCGUCAAGAGAUUCUGGAUUUGGCGUAUUUGGGAAAUUUAGUCCCUCAUCCCUACGGAUCCUAGAUCAGGGGAACCAAAAGCAGACAGCAGCAGAGAACUAUUUCUUGCAGUUUGCACCAAACACAAGUAACGAAAGCACGGAAGAGAAUACCGAAAACCCCAAGAGUGUCAGCGGUUCAGGGUCAAGCUUUGUUUUUGGUCAAAACUUGACUGACAGAGUAACUAGUCCAUCCAAACAAGAAGGUGAAUUGAAGUCCGCCAGUGAAUACGUAUUUGGUGCAAACAUUGAUGAUAGGGUUAAACGUGAAGAUUCAGUGGAAUCAGUAGAUGGGAAAGGUACAACCCUUGCUGAAAGUGCCAGCGCUUAUGAAGAAGCAAGGAAGAACCAGCAACUGAAAUUAGAUGAAGUACCAAAAGUAAAUGGUGAAGAGGAUGAAGAAAAUGUUUUACAGGCCCAGUGUAAGCUAUAUCUAUUUGAUAGCAGUACACAAUCAUGGCUCGAAAAGGGGCGUGGCCUGCUACGUUUAAAUGACAAGACACAAAUGUAUGGCUCACAUUUCCACUCAAGGCUAGUGAUGCGAACACAAGGUAGUUUACGAGUUAUUCUCAAUACAAAAGUUUGGGCAAAUAUGACGGUGGAUAAAGCCAACCCAAAGAGCAUCAGAGUUACAGCAAUGGAUUCAGAGAGCAAGAUCAGAGUAUUUCUCAUUGUGACGGAACCCAAUCAUGCUGAUCAAAUCUACACGGCCAUUGAUCAUCGUGUGCAAGCAUUAAGGUAUGCAGAAAUAAAAAAAAAACAAGAGCAAGAAACAGCAAAGAAUGAGAAACAACCGCAGGAGGAAACUACCGAGGAAAAGGGAGAACCAGAAGAAAAACCUCACUCUGAUGCAGGUAACAGUGAUGAAAAAGAAAGCCGAGGCAGUGAUGAAAGCAGUCCGUCUCCCCCUGAGCCACCAGAAUAAAACCUCCAUUCCCACCGACCAGCCAAAGUCAACGAGCAACAUUGCGGAAUAGUUUUACCUGGGUAUCUACCAUGACCAAGAUUGGCUAUUCUUUGGGAUGUAAUUACCCACACUAUCAUAUUUUAUGUGACAAGUAACUGUGAUAUGUCCAUAUUUGGGUGUAAUAUGACAUCAUAAUGCCCUUGUCCGUAUAAGGGCAUAUCACAUACAAUUUGAUAAUGUGGAUGGAGAUUCAUACUCUAAAAUGCUAAAGGAUACUGAGAUAGCUGAAAUAAUUGAUACCUUUGCUUUCAUGUGGUUUUUUUUUUUUUUUCCUUUUCCCAUUGAAGUCCUUGAAUGCAUUAGAGAUGCGUAUGUUUAUUAAACGCAAGCUGCCUAGUCCUCCUUUGUGUCGUCUGCUAUCCUACUUGUGUCGUCUGCUAUCCUACUUGUGUCGUCUGCUAUCCUACUUGUGUCGUCUGCUAUCCUACCUCAUCCUGCAGAAAGUAUUGAAUUCUUUUCUCAAGUAUUUUAUUAAUUUCUUCCUGCUUUCUUAUAAAAAGAAAAUUCCAAUUUAGGCAUUUUAGAAUAGUUUUCGAUUUGUAAAUGGAAAGGUUUUACAAAAAUGUUGCUUAUUAAAAAAUACCAUAAUUUAGUUAUUUUCAACCUGUGUUGUUGUUUAACAGAAGCUUCAUAAUCGCAAUGCAAUGUUAAAAAAAAUGCAUAAAUAUGUUUGGUAUGGUUAGGUUUGUAUUUGAUGUACCAACGAUGAAAUAUAUCCAACAAUUUUUGCAUAAAAGUAUCAAGAUUAACAUUAUAAUAUACAAAUAAUUAAUUUUUUUUUAGAAGAAUAUUUUCAUGAGUUAAAAGAUGGACAGUUCCAUUCAAUGGGGCGCAGCUGAGUUAAAUGGAACUGUCAAUCUUUCAACGAAUGAAAAUAUUCUUUCUAUUGCGCAAAUAAAAAACAUUAAUUAUUUGUUUUUUAACAGACCUAAAAUAGAUUCUUUUCAUUUGAUAUUUUAUGAAAAAAAAUAUAAUUUUUUUUGAAUGGAUAUUCUUGUCAUUUGAUAACUUAUUUUUUAAAAACCUACACUUUUUCUAAAUCGAACAGUCCAGCAUCUUUUUAACUAAUCAAAAAAUUGUAUUAGGUUGCAGUCUGAUCGUAUCUAGGCACCAUGCAAUGGAGCGAAACAGAUAGAACAAAAAUUACAUGGAUGGAAGUAAAAAUGCAAGGUGGAACUAAAUGUCUAUGAUGAAUGACGGAAUGGGGUUAAUAACCAAUGUCGCGUGAUAUAAAAUCCACCAAUCAAAUGACAAGGAUCUAUUUAAGUGUGUUAUAUAUAAUUGAGAAUAUUUUAUCAUUAGAUCUUUAAGUAGCCAAACCAUAAUUUUGAUCUUUGAUUGAGACAAAUAUUCAUCUAAAUUAUUUAAUGGUUGUCUUAUAUUAAAAUCGAUUAUUAAUGUUUCAGAAGUGGAUUUGCUAAUAGCAUGAAGCUGAGCUCUUCUCAUAUGGAGCGUAUACACUUAAGUAAAUAAGUGUAAACUUAAAACUGUGUUUAAAUUUAUCAUCUACUCUUUGUAGUCCUGUAUUGAUAUUUUUUGUCUUAGUCUGUACUGUAAUCUUUAAAAAAAGAAUUUAAAUUCUGACCAGCAUUUUAUAAUUGAUUACAAUACUUUGUAGUUUUGGGAAUUUAACAUUUUUUAUCGAAAUAUGAAGUAAGUACUUUUGCCAGGUGCUGGCCAGAAGCUUCUUGACUAUAUCCAUCAAAUGGUGUUAAACGCAUAAGAGUGCAAACAUUUGCUAAACAGUGGACUUAAAUUGUGAUCAAAUUAUAGGUUUUUGUGAGAUUAUACGAACUGUUUACUAAUACUGUACCUGUUUCAUAUGACAGAAGUGUACUAAAUGUUGUAACAAAUUGUACCGCGUAUGUUUUUCCUGUCAAUGAUGUUCAGGUCGUGAGAAUGCAUAUUCUAGUAAGAAUACCAAAGCCUGGUUCUCAUGAGAGACCUAGUAUCCUGGUCGGGAGCUAACCGUUAACACCUGAGUGAGAAUGCCCAAUCGGUUAGCGCUAACACAUUUACAAUUUCCAGUUUCUUAUUGGCCAGUGAUUCAAUCAUCAUAUUCUUGGUAUCUGGAUCGGGAUCUUCUUGCAUGGACGCACGGCAGCUAACAGUUAGCUUAGUGUGAGAAAAAAAUCAGACCUCACGUAGGCCUGUAAAGUUCCCAAGAUAUUUAGAAAGAAUUUGAGUGCAUGGUACCAGAGGGCAGCCUAUCUUUCACUACGUUGUUGCACAUAUCUUCACUGUGUGUGUAUACCGACUUUCAACAGGGUUUGUAUUUAGUCAUGUGAAAGCGCCAUAUCUCGGUAGGAGUGAACUUCCAUAAUAGAUAUUCCUGUUAAUGUUUAGUACAUUUCCUGUAGCAUGAAACAGGUAUAAUUUUUGCUUUACAGCAAAAAACAGUUAUGCAAAUUUAGUAAUUGGUUGACAUUGGUUACAGUAGAUUUUACUCGGUUGGAAGCACAUUAUUUAUUCUAAUUUAGAGCUAAAUUUCAUUCCUAAAGGUUGUGAUUGUCUUUAGACACCCUCAUUUGCAUAUUGAAAUUAUGCAAAUGAUUAGAUUUCCAAUUGAUCAUGCUCAACAGGUCGUGAGUAUUAUAGCAGAACUUUGUAUUUAUCAAUAGUUUUGAUGCACUUUUACAAUUCAAGCAGGUGUCUCAUUUGAAUAUGGAAUUGAUAUGUAAAUUAUUAAGGCGUGAGUACAACGUAAACCUGUGUUUUCAAAAUACAUUAAAAAAAACAGACAUUUUUCUUGCUUAUUAUUAUGUUUUAUAUCUUUUUGAAACUUUGUUAAAUAAUGUUAAUAAACACAUUAGGGAGCUUUCGGUUGCACAGCGCGGUAGUUCGUACAACGUAAUGUCAUCACUAAGAAGUAAUCUGCGCAUGCGUGAACUUUAAUUUCUCGUCGCGUGGAUUUUAGGACGCAAUUUGACCAAAUAUCUACGUUAUGCAGAGAAUGUAGGACAGAUCACGCAUAACUGAAUCCGUUCUAGUGUCACAUCGUCGCCCAAAUCAAAAGCUCCUAAAUAUCAUCAAAUGUACAGAAUAUAUUGAGGGGUUUUUUAUCCAUAAAAUUUGAUGUCCAACGCAAAUGUGUCCAUUUUUAAAGUGUAAUAACAACAAAAUGGCACAUAAAAAACCAUUGUAAAAUUUGUUAUCACGUUUAAUCUUGACUUUUGCAAUAUAACAUAUUCUAAUUUUCACCUCCUAAUUAGUGUUAAAAAUAUUAUUUUUGCUAUUGUCUUAUUACUGUUAUAACUAUUACUAUCAAACAAAAAUGUACUAUUAUUUUAUUAUUGUUAAUAAUAAUAAUAAUAUAACAUAGUGUGGUGUGAGUAGCAAAUCAGGUGACGGUAAGCAGGUAAUUAUUAUUAGUCAUAAUUAAAAUGAAUUUCUUUUUAUAAGAGUAUUUUUAGUUGAGGAUUGUAUCUGUUUCUCACUCGCUUUUCCAACAAGCAUAUGUUCUGUUGCAUUGGACAAUAAAUGUUGGUCUUAGAUUGGAUAAAAAUAUUAAGAAUUGGCUCACAAAACCCAGGCACUAGAAAAUUAGGCACAACAUGUUCUACAAGGUUAUUCGUACCUAGAAUGUGGUAUAAAAGAAUGAAGCUUUCUGGGGUGUCUCUUAACUGAUCAAUCUGUGUUAUAUUUAGGACUGGAGGUGUCCAACAAACAGGCAAGCUUUCGGACGUUUACGUUGUGUUCUGGUACAAAAUAUAAAAUUGAGGGCUUGGCAGAAUGGCUUAUUGGUGAAUCUUGGAGGUACAUAAGGCACCCCCCUCUCCCGCCCCGAAAAAGAAAUCUUGCCACCACACUAGAAAUGUUUGAAGCAAAGAAGUUAUGCUGAAAUGUUUAAAAAUCAUCUUAUUUUGCGAGUUAUCACUCCCUUCCCCACCCACCUGGCCACCCAGUUAUUCAUCAAUUCCCCCACCACUUCGCAUUUCCGCCCCCAUCAUCCCCCUUUCCCAUUUCUAGACUCAUAGGUACACUAAUGUUGCAGACAGGCUAUUGAACUUAAUAAUUUAAUUUAAUCUGCUCUAGAUUUACGGUACAAACUUGUUGUAGUGCUAAUUUCUGUGAUACUAAUUAUUUAUAUAACUACUGUAUUACCAUAUUUACUUUUAUGAUGUUGUGGUUUUUGUUUUAUUUUUCAUAAUGUUUGUUGAUAAAUGCUAGGAUAUGAAACUAUCGGCCAGAAAAAAAAAAAAAACUUAAACACCAGUAGGAAAAAAUAGAAAAAUAAACACUUUACCGUAUUAGGAGGAUGGUGUAGGAAACCGUAGUACUGUACCUCUAUACAUUUGACAAUACACCUAUUAUGAAAUGGUUUGUUCCAUUUUUGUGGCGUUUAUUCCUAGUAGUGUUUUGUCCUACUGUCCACCAGAUUAUGGGUCAUGACAUUGUUUAAUUCCCUAGACUCCCAUAAUGUUAUACUAUCCAGAGGUACAAUUGGGUGGGGUUUCUGAGUAAGCCAUGAAACGUUGAAACGAAAAUCGAUGUUCGCAAAAUUAGGUAUUCAUUAAUAUCCAUAAUCUAUUAAUAAUUUGCAUAUUGUUUUUUAUUUUGAAAAUGAUUCAAGAUACUAUGAUUUUUCUAUUUAUUUUCAGAUUAUUUUCAAUUAUCUGUGAUGAGUACUUGUCAAUUUUAAGUACAGUAGUAUUUAAACAGAAUCUCGAAUUGUUAAUUGUGUUUUAUCUAAGCUGACUCAAUUGACAAAUUAUGCUGUUAAUUUGAAAUAAAUGUUCCUGGAUAUUUCUA